AUGGCUCCCAAAAGACAACGUCGCAAGCCCAGUGACCCCGCAGUUCCGGACAUUUCAAAUGACGCUGCAGAGAGGAAACGGGUUUUGAAUGUUCUCGCACAGCGUCGUUACACUACACUGGAAGCUAAGUUACACGAGAAUGGCCAAGGACGCACACCAACGGCUGUUGAUCCUCUUUCAACUGAAAGCACUCCUGAAAACCCGUCAGGAUACGACAUCCUGCCACUAUCAGAAGCAAUGGAGGCCAAUACGACGGACGAACCCCCCGCGUCACCGGGAACCAUAUAUCGAGUUCAGGAGGCACUCCUGGACUCGCUGGAGGCCAUAGAUUCUUCCAGCUCUGGAUCCAGCUUCUUCGAGCAAUCUGAACUUCCGGGUUUUGCUCCAGAAUUAAUGAUGAACAACUCAUCGCCGCCUUCCUUAUCCUCAUCCUCGUCGGUAGUAGCCAUGGCGUCGCAUUCAUGCUUCGAAACUCUCUUGUCACUUGCUCCGUCCUCUCCUGAACCUGAGGCAUUCCCUUAUCAAUUCCUUCAAAAUCCAUUUAGUAUACAAGACUUCGCGCCAAGCGAUCUCUCCGCAACCCUCCAAUCCCACCAAACUACAACAUUCACCUUCCCAGACGACCACACCAUCGAAAUACCAACCUUAUCCCUUCUCCGAGGCAUGCUCGCUAUAGCUGAGCGACUGCGACUCAAGGAUGUAAUUUUGGAGGUGGACGCUGUCAGUCCAUUCUACACAGGCCCAGCGGGACUCAAAUCUCCGUCCUCUAGCUCCGCUUCCCCGUCUUCCAUUCCCUCCUCGUCAUUUUCUCCUGCUCCUCCCUCUUCUUCUCCUUCUGCCAGGGCAUCAUUAGAAGAGCUACCUACCCAUCUCCAGCCAACCGCCACCCAGCGCUUAAUCCCACAUCAUCCAAUUUUCGACCUCUUUCCCUGGCCCACCACCCGCGACAAGCUCAUCCAGGUUUUCAGUAUGCCAGCUCACCUACGACCAUCUUCCGCAUCUCAUCCCAUGGCUAUGAUGAAUCUGGUGUAUGAUAUUGAGGACCCUUCUGAGGGGAUGCGGGUGAGUGGCCGAGACCCCUUUGAGCUUGAUGUGUGGGAAGUCGGGCAGAUAGUGUUUGAGCGGUGGUGGUGGGCGUUUGAGACCAGAGUGAUUGAGCUGAGUAAUCGCUGGAGACGAAGUCGAGGGCAGCAAGGGAUCUUAGAUGAGUCGUUAGAAAUGUUAUCCGGCGAAUCUUGGCCACCUGCGGCAUAUCCCUCCACCAUUUCAUUUGAAGAUCAAUCAACGGUUCUCGUAAUUCAUAUUGGAGUCGAAAAAGUACUUCAAUAUCUUGUUAAGAUUCUAUAUGUUAGAGGUCUGAGUAGUUGUAUUUAG